UCAUAUUCGACUAAUCUUCAUACCAGCACAUUUGACAUAAUUCAAGACCCGAGUAUGGAGUGGCCUUUGGGUCCCACGAGCCAUUCUACGCGUACGGUCCCCCCAUCAACACCAGGGCACAUGCGUUCUAGCAUGUGUUGCCAGUCGAAAUGGGUGACAUCCUUCGCUUUGACCAGAGUGCAGCAAUGGAAAGGACUGAGUCGGCUCCAGAGUCAUCUCUUGCGACCCUGGAUCAUCUAUAGGAUAUAAACCAGGCUUCGACAUCCUCACUAUCCCACCUCCAUCAACCUGGUUCUACCCACAGACAACCACCGGAUAGAUCCCGAUCCAUUUCAUCCAUCACCAUGCUGGGCCAGCUGUUCUCUCCACUAUCCACACCACUGGACUGCCGGCAACCAAUGCCGGCCUGGUUUCUUCCCUCGUUUCUCGCCACGGGCUCAAUCACCUGUCUCCUCCCUACGAAAAGCAAAUGGGUACGGCUGGCGGUCGGUGCUCCGAUUUUUGCCGGCCUCUUGCUUCACGCACCCAGCUACACCACGGGCGAAGUUUCUCUCGACUUCGUCACCGGAGUCUUCAUGACAGGAGCCGUCAUCAAAUGGUUGGACUUUGCUGUCUUCCAUAACCCCGUUCGCUCGUUCUGGCGGGUGGCCGAUAGUCGCCCUCGCGCGAAGCCCGGCAAACCCGAUCUGGAAGCACAGAAGAUUAUUGAAUCCAAGCCUCUGAGCGCCCAGGGGCCGAUCAUUGUCGAUUACAAAGCACCCUCUGCCAACCAAGGUGCACGCCAGACCCCAGACCAUCUGGUUCUAGUCAAGACGAAAGAAAACAAACCACCCGUCGCCACCGCUACCGUUGUGUACACGAAAGACGUCACGCUUGCCAACCCGGACAUUCCUGUCGGCCCUGGUGAGAACGCAUCUUGGCUGGAGCGGUUGCGAUGGAGUGUGGGCUUGUGGUUGACGACUCGAGGCAUCGGAUGGAACUGGAAGGUUUCCAAUGUUCCGGAGCCCGUUGCGCCGGGAUAUCCUCGUCUGAAAUUUUUGCGUCACACUAUUCAUCGAUUCCUCUUCUCUUAUCUGGCUCUAGACUUUGUUCACGCCUGCAUCCGCUGGUAUGCCUUGAGCAAGGGAGGCGAGACGCCUGACAUUUUCUCCGAGGGGCUUCUGGUGCGCAGCGUGGUUGGUUGGUUUGGCGCUUUGGAGACCUACAAUGCCCUACAGUUGCCCUUCUAUCUAGUUGCGACGCUCACCACAGCGCUGGGUAUUUGCCGGCCAGAGCAGUGGCCUAAUUUGAUGGGAUCCUUCAGCAGCCAGAUGUGGAGUGUCCGACAGGUCUGGGGUAAAUGCUGGCAUGGCCAUCUCCGACGCGUGGUAGUCGAACCGUCCAAGAUUCUAGCCGAUUUCCUCCAACUCCCGAAAGGGUCCCUUAUCCGCAAGUACACGCAGCUGUUUGUCUCCUUUUACAUCUCCGCUCUCACACACCAUGCGGGGGCCUAUCUUGUUGGCCGUAAUCAUGGUGGUAUGUAUUAUCUCUGGCUGGGCCAGGCGGUGGUCAUCAUGCUGGAAGACUUGGUGAUCUACUAUGGAAAACGUUGGGGUAUCAAAGACAGUCCGUAUCUGCAACUCUUGGGUAAGGUCUGGGUAUGUGUGUGGUUCUGCCUACCGACCAACUUUCCCACCGGGGCCGGCGUGGUGAUCAAUAACGGAUCGGGGCUUGAUCCUCCUCCAUUUAACUUCUCCACAUCUGCUCAGUUCCCUGCCUCCUCAUGGGCUUCCAGGAGCCUAUUCACAUUUGCUGCCGAUCGGGCUGCCGUCUUUUGGAUGUUGAGCAAAGCGCUGAGCGUUGUCGAGGCCAGUAGCUGGCGAGACGGCGUUGAAGCGGCGGCGGGAGUUACCGGAGCCUUGGUUUGGAAAUACGGUCAGGCUGCUUGACUGUUUGGACUUUUUCUUAUCGAUCCCCUUAUCUUCCAAGUACUACCUUGGCGUGUGGAGUGAAGUUCGCAGGAAUCUUCGGAGUAUGGAGUUCUUUCUUCUUUUUGUUGUGUCAUACAUAAUUGGCCUGUUGAAAUGUCACUUCUACAUUCUAGAUUCAGAAAAUGCACAACUAUCUGUUAUUACA